AUGGAAAUAGAAAAACCUGGAAACGUUGAAGCUUUACUAUCGCUAGCCUUGACAGUCUCAGAUCUAUCGUCUCCGCUUUUGUUUGUCAACUUGGACAAAGGCUCUUCAUCUGAAUCUAUGAAACAUUUUUCCGUCUUUGUCAUAGAUUUGGUCUUCGAGAAUUUCUUGUUCUUCACUUUGUUCAUGAUCACUUUGAGAUUCAUGUCUGACGUAGUAGACUGGUCUGAAUCGCUAAGAUCAGUCGGUGGUUUCUUAGCAGCCUCAGAUGAUCUGGUGUUGACUUCUCUUUUAACUUCAUUUGCUUUAGAAAUAUCUGUUUUUGUUUCAUUGGACUUAUUCACCUCAGUUUCAGAACCUGCUGUUUGGCUGACUCCUUUUUUCAUUUCUGAUGUAGCAACUACUGGCUUUACAGUAUCUUUUUUGUCAGAUGGUUUAUUUACCGCCUUCUUGGGCACUGGAUCAGCUCUCUUGCGAACUCCAAAAGCAAUAAAAGGCUUUUCUGAAGUGGAGCAUUUUGCAAUAUCAAUAGGACCAUUUUUGGGGCCCUCACUUUUAAUUUCGUGUACUUGGCCAUUUGUAUCAACUAUAGAGGCUGUAUUGAAAAAAUUCAAGCCUGGCGUCUUCAUGGCCAGAGCUCACACGGAAAGGGGGCGUAGAAUAGAUAGCUGGUGGGCGUGGCUUAGGAGCAUGGGAACAGCCUCAGGUAUUAGCCACCCCCACCUCAACCUGACAAAUCGCAACGUCACUGUCACAUUUGUUUUGAGUUUUGACAUUUGCUAA